AUGCUUGCCAGUUUCAAGUUAGCAACCCAGAGGCAGGCUAGAGAUAAUGAGAAUUCAGACAUAGAAUGGACAUUUUACCCAAGUUCUGGUAAUCAUACUUAUUAUACAGGAAAAAAGUGCAUCUUUGACGGUGUACAUCUCCGAAACAAAACUACAACAUCUGAAAAGACAUUGGAAAUGUGCAUCAGAAAGAAGAAAUAUGUGACUGAAGUUGCCUCCAGAAAUGGCAUUCCACUGGUGACACUCGGUGACCACCCAUACAUUUGUCCAGAGCAAAGUACAGACUUUCACAAAAUGGGAUCAACCCUGCCUCCAGUGAAUUUUGGGAGUGCUAUGUAUAUAAAAAAGUCAGAUACAUUUAUUCCACUCCAACAUUUGCCGGAACUUCCUUGCAUGCCUUUCUGCAUAAAGGAGAAACAGCAAGAAUUAGAAAGGGAAAAGAUGGAAGUAAAAAACCUGGACAUUUGGAAGCCUGCUCCGUCUCUGUUCCAUUCUUUAUUUACAACUGGACUGACCAGAUGAUUAACUUUUCAAUAA